GAAGAUACCAAGAUCUCUGGGCUAAAAUUUCAACCUCACAUCUUGAUGUUAUGGCCUCAGUAUUUUAGUAUAUUCUUGGGCCUCGAAACGACAAAGUGUGGCAAUUGACAUUAGAAAUGAAAAAACGUACGCUAAAACAACGUAGAUCUAAGAAACCCAUAUUCUAUGCUUUGGGAGCAGCAUUCUUAGCUAUUCUGGUGACCUUGAUUAUGGAUACCGGAAAGGCAAACAUUGGAAAAAUUAUAACAGUGCAAAAUGAUGAGGUGGAUCCCAUAACUGAACCCUUUGUGAAUGCCUUUCGAGCUAGUACACCAAGACCGCCUAGACCACCGGAACCACAUCCCCGUCGAUUUCCCAAACAAAAUUUGACCAAUUAUCUAACAGGCUUGGCGGAGGAGCAGAAAAGAAAAAUCUCGCUUAAUAUGAGUUAUUUUAAAUUACCAGAGGCCAUGAGGCCACGUAAGUCUUGGGAGGACCAUAAACUCCUUGAAGCUGAUAAGGCACACAGAGGUGUGGGUGAACAGGGUGAGGCAGCUGAGCUUAACAAUGAUACUCUCAAAAAGGUAGCUGAAAAAAUUGCUCUAGAAAAUGGGUUCAAUGCUUUGUUAUCGGAUAUGAUAUCGGUGAAUCGCUCGAUAGUAGAUGCAAGGCCGGAAGGAUGUCUGUCGAAAACCUAUUUAAAGGAAUUGCCCUCUGUCAGCAUUGUCAUACCCUUCUACAACGAAUACUUUAGUGUUCUAGCCCGAACUCUAUACAGCAUAAAGAAUCGCACUCCACCUUCCUUGCUAAAGGAGAUCAUAAUUGUGGAUGAUUUUAGUACACGCGAGUAUCUUAAAGAGCAACUGGAUGAUUAUGUCAGCGAAAACUUUGGAAAUUUGGUAAAAAUCGUUAGACUUCAGCAGAGAACUGGUCUCAUUGGUGCACGUUUAGCUGGAGCCCGUGAAGCCGUGGGCGAGGUUUUGGUUUUCUUCGAUUCACACAUUGAGUGUGGCUACAAUUGGUUGCCCCCCUUGCUGGAGCCUAUUGCUUUAAACUACAAAAUAUCCACAAUUCCCCGUGUGGAUAGCAUUCAACAUGCCACCUUCCGUUACAGUGAGGUAGCUCGAGAAGGUUCACGUGGAGUCUUUGACUGGACCAUGUUGUAUAAAAUGUUACCACAAUUGCCAGAAUUUUCAAGGGACGACAUGCAGCCGUAUCCUAAUCCCGUUAUGAUAGGUGGUCUAUUUGCCAUAGAUCGCAAAUUCUUUUGGGAAUUGGGUGGCUACGAUGAGGGUUUGGAUAUCUGGGGUGCCGAGCAGUAUGAGUUGAGCUUUAAAAUAUGGAUGUGUGGUGGUCUCUUGUUUGACAUUCCAUGUUCGAGAGUGGCUCAUGUUUUUCGAGGACCUUGGGAGAAUCAGGAGAAGGCCAGGGACUACAAUUUUGUGGCAAGGAAUCACAAGCGUGUGGCUGAAGUAUGGAUGGAUGAGUACAAACAUCACUUCUAUAAAAGUAAUCCCUCUCUAUAUGAAAGCAUCGAUGCCGGAGAUCUCUCCAAACAGCAUGAACUUCGCACAAACUUACAAUGCAAAUCAUUUCAAUGGUUCCUUGAUGAAAUAGCUCCAGAUCUAUUGCUCACUUAUCCUACGAAUCCUCCGGAAAGCUAUGCCUUUGGCACCAUACAAAGCUUGAGCUAUCCCAAGUAUUGCCUGGAUACUCUUAAUGGUCACAGCAACAGUUUAGUUGGUUUAUUUUUCUGUGCCGAGAAUAAAACUUAUCCUCAACCAAAUCAGUUCUGGCAACUAAGUUCGCAUCGCGAAAUAAGGCAGCGACAUGGUGAUCUAUGUUUGGAUAUUCAAAGUGUAAAUCGCAAUGCCAAGGUCUACAUGUGGAAUUGUCAUCAACAAGGUGGCAAUCAGUUCUGGUAUUAUGAUAACGAUCUCAAAUGGUUGGUUCAUGGUCGCGUGGGCAUCAAUUGCUUAGAGGCUGUGAAGAAAGGUGAUAAGAUGACGGUAAGAGCCAAUGCCUGUGAUAACAGCAAUCCCCGCAUGAAGUGGCAAUUUGCCAGUGUUAAUCAAGAACUUUUGGAUACAUUUCAUUUUGGCUUAGAAUAGUUUAAAUUUUCAUACUGUGUACAAAAAAUUUAUGAUUUUAUAAAA